UGAUAUCAAGUGUUGAUUCAAGUCGCACUUUCGUACUUGGUAAAAGACGAAAGAACAAACGAAAUGUCUAUGAUUCGUUGAUACGUUACCAACGUGCACAUCGCUUCGCGAGAAUAAUGAAACGAAGGAUUUAUUUGCGCCGUAAGGCUGCAUGGGAACGAGACGACCCGGAAGAGACAUUCAGCGUAGAUUCUGCCAACAGCGUGUGUGGAUCAGGGAUAGAAGAACCAGCUGUAGAUUCAAUGAGUCAAGAAUCUGCCCAUGGACAAGGCAACAACAAUGAACACAUCAGUGUUCAUACUGAAGCAUCUAGUUUCACCCCUCCCAUCCAAAAUGAACAUGUCAAUCAACAAAAUGAUGGGAAUAACCCGAACGCUGGUGAUCAACCCGACCUUGUAAUCCCAACUUUUCUGGCCAAUGUGUUACAACAAAUAGCCAACGCGCCGAUGUUUCAACCACCUCCACCACCGCCACCUCGAGUGAUAACCUACAAAACGCUAAGGGAUAAUGGUGCAGAAUUAUUCCUUGGGGAUCGCAUCGGUGAACCCCAAAUUGCGUGGGACUGGAUCGAGCAGACUGCUCGAGUAUUGAAGGAUCUCAACGUACCUAUAGACAACUACCCUCGACUGUCUUCUCAACUGCUGCGAAAUGAAGCCUACGAGUGGUGGAAGAGAAUCGAUGAAAGUGCGGGAACCCCUAAGCCGUGGACUUGGGCACAUUUCGAAUGGGCAUUCAAGCAAGAAUAUAUUCCGAAACGUUUUAGUGAAGAAAAACGUAAAGAAUUUGUGGAGCUGGAACAAGGAAACAUGACACUCCCUGAAUAUCGUCAGAAGUUUACCAAGCUUGCAAAGUUUGCGCCAACCUUGGUGAGUACCCCAACUGAUCGCAUUGAGGAAUUCAGGACGAAACUUCGACCUGACCUGAGGUCACGUGUGUCCGUCCUAACCACUGUGGAUUUCGCAGAGGCCUACGAGAUCAUAGCAAGGGCGGAUAGUGACCUGAAUGCUUGCAUUGAGUACCUAAAGGCAAACAAUGCUGGCCCAAACACUUACCAUUCCACUAAUUCUGCCUCAAAAGGAAAAAGGCCAUUCCAGGAAUCUAGUAACUCACAUUUUUCUAAAAAGGGAAAAUUUGUGCAAACUCAAUCGAUGGCAUCCGUUGAUAGAUCCAGGAAGCGAAAGUAUCCUGCUUGCGAACACUGUGGAAGGAACCACCCUGGAGAGUGUUGGUUGAAGCAAGGGUUGUGCCUUGGCUGUGGAAAACCAGGACAUUUCAAAAAGGAGUGCCCUACAAACCCUGGAGAACCAUUCCCACCUGCUCCUGUUGCUAGCCAGUCUGCAUCAGCACGACCCGCACCAAGUCAACGCUCAACAGCGGGGUCUAAGCCAGCUAAGAAUCAGAACCAACAACAAGGACGAGCUCCUGCUCGUACAUAUGCAAUGAAGGCACGAACUGAGGAAAACCCUGACGUCAUUCAGGGUAUGUUUUCCUUAUUUGAUACUAUCAUGCAUGUGUUGAUAGACCCUGGAUCAACGUUGUCUUAUAUCUGUGUACAUAUGCCUGAAAAAGCUGACAUAAUGAAAGAACAAUUGGAACAACCUAUACUAGUGUCUAACCCGUUAGGACAUAGUAUGAGGUUAGAUCAUGUGUAUCAAGACUGUCCAUUGAUUGUUGAAGGACAUCAGUUCUCUGCCAAUCUUGUCGAAUUACCGUACAAAGAAUUUGACAUCAUCCUCGGAAUGGAUUGGCUCACCGAACACCGAGCAAUUAUCGAUUGCCGACGACGAGCAAUUCAACUAAAGUCUGGAGAGGGAAAGUCUAUAGAGGUAAACAAAAAGAAUGAAGAGAUGAUCUCCUGGAGGCAGAUGGGAUGAGAAGAUCGGACGGAUGUGUGUUUUGCAUUAAAAUUACUGUUGAAAAGACAAAAAUGAAUUAUGUUUGUAUUAUGCUUCCGCAACAUUAAAUUACUCCGUUACUAUUUUGAAUUAUUCAUUAUGAAAUAAAGUUUUAAAUAUUUG